AUGUUUGUUUCGCUAUUUCUUGUGGCUCUCUGCCUCUGCUUCCUUCUUCUUCAACUUAAACCUUGGAGACCUAAGAAUUUCCCUCCGGGACCCCUCAGUCUGCCUAUAUUUGGAAGCCUUUUGUUUUUGAAUUUAGAGAAUCCUUUGAAGGACUUUGAGAGGCUGAGGGAAUCAUACGGAAAUGUCUACAGUCUGUUCAUUGGUAGAAAACCAGCUAUUAUCAUCAAUGGGUUUAAGGCAAUGAAGGAGGCCAUUGUGAUUAAAUCAACUGAUUUUGCUGGAAGACCCCAAGACCUUUUUAUAAAUGAUGUCACACAGAGAAAAGGUAGAGUAUGGGUGAUUAUGGCUGACUAUGGCCCUAUGUGGAGGGAGCAUCGUCGCUUUGUCCUAAUGACCCUCAGGAACUUUGGCCUGGGAAAGAAGUCAAUGGAAGACAGAAUCCUUGACGAGAUUCAACACACAAUUAAGACACUGGAAAAUAACAAUGGUAAAACUCUGAGUCCUCAGGUCAUGUUUCAUAACGCUGCCUUCAACAUCAUCUGUCAGGUUCUGUUUGGAGUGCGCUAUGGGUACGACGAUGAGACCAUAAAACUCAUUGUUAGAUGUUUUGCUGAAAUGACUAAAAUAGCCAACGGUCCAUGGGCAAUGCUGUAUGACUCUAUCCCUUUAAUUCGUCACCUGCCGCUGCCCUUCAACAAAGCCUUUGAAAACAUGGAGAUUUUCCUAAGUGUUUCGAGACGUUUGAUAAAUGAACACAAAAAAACUAGAGUCCCAGGAGAGCCAAGGGAUUUUGUCGACUGCUACCUGGAUGAACUGGAAAAUAGACACUAUGGUUCUACGUUUUCUGAGGAGCAGCUAACAAGAAUCACUUUUGACCUUUUUGUUGCGGGGACCGACACCACCUCCAACACCCUCCUUACUGGGUUUCUCUACCUCAUGAACUUCCCACACAUACAAGAAAAAUGCCAUAGAGAGAUAGACCUGGUGCUGGCUGGGAAGGAUCGGGUCACUUUCGAAGACAGACUCAGCAUGCCUUACAUGCAGGCUGUGAUCCAUGAAAUUCAAAGGAUUGCCAACACUGUUCCUCUAAGCGCUUUUCACUGUACAACUAAAGACACAGAGCUCAUGGGAUACUCCAUUCCUAAGGGUACAAUGAUUGUUCAGAACCUGAACUCGGUACUAAGAGAGGAAUUAAAGUGGAAGUUUCCUAAUGAAUUUAACCCCGAAAACUUUCUGAAUGAACAAGGAGAAUUUGUUAAACCUGACACCUUCAUGCCUUUCUCUGCAGGACCUCGGAUGUGCCUCGGAGAGGGUCUGGCUCGUAUGGAACUCUUCCUCAUCACAGUUACCCUGCUGAGGAAAUUUACGUUCAUCUGGCCAGAGAAUGCAGGAGAACCCGAUUACACUCCAGUCUUUGGACUCACGCUGACGCCAAAACCUUUUACUAUGAAGGUCAAACUUAGGUCAAUUUACUGA